AUGAGACUCUACGCUGUUGCUCUUAUAGCAUGGGCGGCACUUAUAACUGCAUCUUCGGAACAUAACACCGCAAAUUUGAACGAUGAGAAGGCCGUCGACUACACGGAUUUGCCGGCGAAGCAGAUAGUGCAGCCGUACGUGACGGACGUAGGAGCGAGGAGUUCUGAGCAGACAGGCGCCGCAGACCAUUCUGACGAUUUCGCGAAUGCCGGAUUAAGUAGAUCAGCAGUUCACGCCGACGAGGAGAGAGGAUCGAGUGGUGUUUCCACGACCGAUUCCUCCUCGCCAGGAUCGAUUUAUGCGACGCCGCUCUCCGGGACAAGUAUCCGUUUAGAGUCAACCGACAAGUAUCCAUUUAGAGAUUAUCCAAGUCACGGGACAGGGUACACCGAGGAUGUGCUCCUUGUCGAAAGUGCUGGCAAUUUUGGAGAAAAGGUCCAGGAUCACCCGCGUGACAGAACGAUUGUCAGGACUGUCAUUCGGACCAGCGAGGGUGAAGAGGAUGACGGGUACACGAGUCAGAAACCUUACAGCAGCACCGCGUCAUCUCGCGAAGAUAAAGACAAUCGUGAGAGGCCUUACGCAUCGGGUACUCGGGAACCGUUUGUGCUCGCGUUGAAGGACGAGAGCAACUUGGCAGACGAUUCGUCUUCUGACGAUACUAAAAUAAUCAGGUCUGAAAUACCCGCGGUGAAUUCCGACGAGAUUUUCAGUGAAGUCACAACGGAAAACUCGACAGGCAAUAUCGUCUCGAUCCUUGAGAACGAUGUCGUGCCUGAAAUUCUACCAACGCCACAAGCGAGAUUGUCUCGAGCGCAUAAUACUACCACGGGCGAAAAACCGACAGAGAAAUCUAUAAGGUCUGCAAAAAAAUCGGAGAACGUAAAAACGUCGACGACCGUGGAGAUCGUUCCUUCGCUUCAAGCGAGAUUUUCAAGCCCCAUCGUAGUGGCCGACUUGCCUGAUAGAGAAACGCAGGAGACGGCUGUUGAUUAUAUGGACGAUGCAUCCGACACGUACCGGCCGGCCGAGAACGCUGAAAUUAUCUCGGAGGCCAACGCCGAAGGUUCUAAAAUAACAGCUUCUGCCAGCAUAACAUCCUCAGCCAUGCUGAACCCACUGCAAGUCGGUAUCACGCUGAUGAACGCCGAUCAAGCUAGAUUGACAGAUAAUAGCGAGCAAUCUGCGGCGAUCAACAUCGAGGAUUAUCCACAGGACGACCUGCAACGUCUAGCAACUGCGGAUAAGGACCCCGCGAGGAACAUUGAGACCCAGCCACAAAUCGAUUAUCAGGGUGAGAAUUUCGAUGGCGACGAGGUCGAGAAGCGUGUUGAAGUUGACAUACAAAAAGUUCCCAACGACUCCGUCGAGAUUCAAAAGUCCAUUGAGCUCUACCAUACCGCGCCGGUGCACGAGAUUCAUUAUCCCCCAGAGUACAUUCAACAGACUGCAAACCUCGGUGUCAUCGAAACGAACAACAUCGGGAAUUUGCCGAGAUCGAAGCAGCCGUACGAUCAAGUCGAACAAUCAGAAUUGCGGCCGACCUACGAUAUUUAUCAAGGUAAUGACCAGGGCGAAAAGAGCGCCAUUAAGGCGCACACAUCCACGUUCCCGCAGAAGCUCAACCGGCACGAAUACAAUGCCCUCGAGGACGACGUUGGCAGACCGUCGGCUUCGGCGGUGGGCGCCGAAUAUUCGUCGAGUACUCACGAGCAGCCGUCCCUCGAGCUGCAGCCGUACAAAUACAGCGGCAUACAGUCCGUUCUGCUUGCCCCGAGUCAGUUUGAUGACACGUUAUACGACCAAUCUAAUGUACGGCACAAUUUUAACGGCAACGAUAACGGCAUACCGCCACGCGCAAAACCCGUCGUAACUUCUACGAGGCAAGAAACAGCGAGCGAGCCCGUGAAACCGUACGUACCGAGUACGUAUCAGUAUUCGGUGCAGCAAUCACAUCAACCGUACGAUCAUCAGCCGCCAAUCCGAUCGCCGGAGGUAAGGCGGCCGGAAGUCCAGCAGCUCCUUCUCAGGAUAAUCCCCGAGGGAUCGUCCGCGAACGGAGGCUUCCUGGUGCCGCUCCCGCGGCCCUAUCCGUUCGAGAUCGAGAAGAAGAUUCCGGUGGAGCGACUGGUUGAGAAGAAGGUACAGAUGCAGGUGCCGGUGCAGGUGCCGGUGCCCGUGCCGGUGCCGCAGCCGUAUCCCGUGCACGUGCAGGUUGAAAAGCCGAUCCGCCUGCCACAAAUCUAUCCGCUCCACAUUGAACGGGUGGUCGAGAAAAGGGUGCCAUAUACGGUCCAGCGAUUAGUGGUGCAGCCUCCUUCGUACCCGCUGCACGUGAGGCUACCGCCGGCUUACCCGACAUACGCGGCGGCACCGAUCGAGCAACCGGCGCACGCAACGGUGCCGAUAGAAAAGGCCACGGAGAAGCCGGCGGCUCCGUCGCGGCCCUCUCGACCGUACCGUACGAACGUGGACAGGCCUGCCGACAGCAGCGGCCCGAGCGAGACGAGAUUUACGAAAUAUUACCAGAAGCCGCAGGAGGCGAUCUAUGCCGGCGAAAAUGCGAAUCACCACGGCAUUGCCGGCGGCCUGACGUUCGUGCCGCAGCCGCCGCAGAGCGAGACGAAUACGUCGCAGUUUUACAACGUUCCCUACGGUAGACCGUCCACGUACGAUUACAAUAUCGACGUCGGCAAGAAUUAUGUUCCCACGGCACACUUUUCCAACAUCAAACUCGUGAUACUGCCGAAGAAGUUUGGCAGUCACGUGAUACUGCGGCCGCACACGCCGUCGUACACGAUACCGUCCUUCGGACGGCAGAUCUUGUACAAUCUAGUGGAGAAGGAUAAGGCGGUCAAGGACGAGUACGUGGGUCCUGCGCCGCCGCGCAAAACCUCGCAGGGCAAGGUGUACCCUCAAAUAAAGUCGCCGCUGUUCUCCACGAGCGCCGCUCAAUCAUUAGCCGGCCUGAGGAAAUCCAGGCAGCCGGAAACGCAGGGAAGUUUCAGACAAUCGAAAAUGGAGUACGGCUUCAAGCCGCCUAUGAUACCGUCCAUUCAGUACGACGAAAAUACCGCCAGUAAAGUAGAAAAUUAACGUAACGGCCUAUAAUAGUAAUAGUAACAUUGAACAAGCGUCUAAAGUGCGCCAUAAAAAAUGUCUACGGAACUUUCCAAUCUUUCAAAUGUUUCUCGGGCACUUUUUAAGACACUUCUUGCAUUCCUGUGCUCUUCGAAUGUUUUAAAACAAUUCACGGAUACGCGAUUGGUCUAUUGAAAAAUAGAUAUUAAUGUAUGGAUAGAAAAGAACCAACUUACAAUAUUUCAUAUCGAUGAAUUUACUUGUGACACAAAUUUUAGUGUUCUAAUACCUUUUAUAUACAUAUAUACAUAUAUAUUUAUUAUUGAAAAUUAUCUCUUUUAAUUAUUUGUAUGCUGCGUUCUCUAGUUUAUUCAGAAUUUAAUAGUGAUUUAAAAUUUUGCAAUUCAUUAGCGUUUUAUCUUAUUAUAUUUUAUAAUGAUAUUAUAACUUGUACUUUUAUACCGUGUUACC